ACAACGAACGGUGGUCUUUAUUUGAGAAGAUAGAGAAAAUUGCUUUGGACUAAUUAUACAUUCAUUUCCAUUCAUUGGUUGCUGUGACAUAUUAUCUGGCGUUUCUAUUGUGCCUUCGCCUGCUGUGUAAAUAUGCUUUUACCGCAUAGAAGAAGCUUUCUGUGGAUUAAUCUGUUAUUCGUUCUGCUGGAUUGUUAUUGGGAAACGGUUUCUGGGCAGCUCUCUUACUCCGUCUCAGAGGAGGUGAAUCUGGGGACUGUUGUCGGAAAUGUCGCGAAAGAUCUGAACAUCAAUGUCCAGGAUUUGGAGGCCCGCAUGUUUCAGAUCGUUGCUGGAUCGAAGAAAAAAUAUUUCGAGGUAAAUCUAAAAACUGGAGCCCUCUAUGUUAACGAGAGAAUAGAUCGAGAGGAGCUUUGUGGUAAUGACGCCAAAUGCUCACUCAGUGUAGAAGCUGUUAUUAAUAAUCCACUUAAACUGUACCGUAUUGAAAUAAAUGUUUUGGAUGUGAAUGACAAUUCACCCUCAUUUCUCAGCACAACCCAGACAAUUAAUAUUACCGAGAACACAGCGGUAGGAACAAAAUUUCUGCUGAAACGAGCUCACGAUGGAGACGUUGGAAAAAACUCUAUAAAUGCCUACAAACUGAGUCAAAAUGAACAUUUCUCUCUAAAUACACUUAAAGGGGGUAGCAUAACAGUCGAAUUGGUGCUUCAGAAAGUUUUAGACAGAGAAAAACAAUCUGUGAUCAAACUUAUACUAAUUGCACUUGAUGCAGGAACACCUCCUAAAUCUGGAAGUAUGACCAUUAUAGUAAAUGUCUUAGACAUUAAUGAUAAUCCUCCUGUCUUUAGUCAAAUGCUGUAUAAAGUCAGUAUACAUGAGAAUGUGAAUAUUGGGACUUCAAUAAUUACCCUGAAUGCCACUGAUUUAGAUGAUGGAAAAAAUGGGCAAAUAUCAUAUUAUUUUAUGGAAAUAGACGAAGGGAAACAAACAGAUGUGUUUUCUAUAGAUGAACAAACAGGGACUGUAACAAAUAAAAUGAAUAUUGAUUUUGAAGAAAAUAAUGCUUUUGAACUUCGAGUACAAGCCAGUGAUGGAGCUUCCUCGCCUUUGAGUUCACAUGCUAAAUUACUGGUUGAAGUCUUAGACGUUAAUGACAACGCACCUGAAAUUUCAGUCACAUCACUGUUGAACACUGUUAAAGAGGACGCAUCAGUUGGCACAGCCAUUGCUCUUGUUUCAAUAUUUGAUAAAGAUGGAGGUAAAAAUGGGAUGGUGACUUGUAAAAUUUCUAAUAAUGUUCCUUUUAAAUUAGAGUCAAAUUAUAAGAAUUCAUAUUCAUUAGUUGUGGACGGUCCUCUUGACCGAGAGACUGCACCUCAGUACAACAUCAGCAUCACUGCUACUGAUGAGGGCAGCCCACCUCUCUCCAAC